AACUUACAAAAGCAUAUAAAAGAUAAUUUAACAAAUAAUUUGAUCAUACUUCACAAUAUCUUGAUCAAGAAUACUCUGACGAUGUUCAACAAAUUUCUUUUCGUUGUGACUGUACUCAUUCAGGCCAUCCAUGGACAGUACAUAAACGGUGCGUACGGUUACCCUAGCAGCCUGGCAGCAGACGCCGCUCUCGCCAACGCGUACGCAAUACCCAACCCCGUCUACGACCUCCAAAGAGGUGCCAACUCCGGAGGCGCCUUCGUGGUGAAGAGCUCUUCACCACUCGCACCGAAUGGCGUCAGCGUGCAGUCAGAUAAUCUACUAGUGGAGGGCCCAGUUGCUGUGACUGGUCAGCUACCAUUCCUAGGUGUGGUGUCAUUAGAAGGUCCCCUACCGGCCGCUGGCAGUGGAACCGUCAACUAUAACUGUGGCAACGGCAAUGUUGGCAUCGUUAAUGAGAACGAAGUACCCAAUGCUUUUGCCAAUGGAUACGCGCUUGGCAACGCGGGAUACAACGCUGCGCUUGGCAACGUGGGAUACAACGCUGCGCUUGGCAACGCGGGAUACAACGCUGCUCUUGGCAAUGCCGGAUAUGCCAACGCCGCACUUGCUAACGCUGCACUUGGCAAUGCUGGAUAUGCCAAUGCCCCACUAGCCAACGCUGCGCUUGGCAAUGCUGGAUAUGCCAACGCUGCCAAUGUGGCACCUAACUCUGGAAUUGCCAAUGCCGCUAUAGCCAAUGCUCUAACAGGAGCUAGAGUAUAUUAAGAUGUUAAGAAUAUAAUAUUUAUUA